UGAAUGAAAUUGAAUGCAUAUUAAAAUACCGUAGUCAAUCUAGUGUUAACUUUUUGUGAAGGUCACUAAUUGCCUCGAGUCGUUUUCUUUUCUUUUUCGUUUUUUAUCUCUUACGUCACUCGUGUUUAUUUGAACCACAGGUGUACUCAAUCAAUACCGAGUAAGGCAGUGAUAUUCGAAAAGAAUGAAUUCGAACAGUGCAUUAAAUCAUCCUGUGUAUUCUUAUUCAAAUUAUAUAAAGAUGUUACUGUUUGUAGUUGUCAAUCUAUUAAUUAUUAUCGAAAUACAAGCGAGAUGGGUACAGGAAAGCUGUUUACCCGAGGCCAGUAAUUGUUCUAGGAAUGCUGAUUGUUGUUCUAACAAGUGUACGUAUACUGCAGACAAUUUGAUUGGUACUUGUGAUUCAGAAACACAGUAUAUAAAUAACAUAUAUAUAGCUUCACCAUUGAGUGUUCAAGUACCGACAUUUUGCAUAUUAUAUGGAAAUUGCACGAAAGAUGAUGACUGCUGUACUGGAGAAUGUGUUUUACGAGAUAAUACUGGAAUUAAAUACUGCAAGCCGAAAUAUCCCACGAAUCUUAUAGUUUAUGAUUAAUAAAUACUUAAAAUAAUUUUGUUAAUUUCAUUAUUUGGAAAUAAAUUAAAUAUAAAAGCGGUCUAUGUUGUUUUCUGUCAAAAAAAAAGAAUAAAAUAAAGAACUAUUUUGU